AUGAGCGCAGACACACCUCCCGUAUUCGAUUACUUGGACAAGCUACCUCGCGAAAUCCGCGACAUGAUCUUUGGAUACAUGAUACUGAACUCAAUCAGGUCUUACGUCCGACAGAGAGAGACUCCUGCAUACAAGUUACUUUGUGACCCACCUGUUAGAUUUCCACUGCUUGGAUUCCACCUCGUUCCGAUAAGAUCGCACCUUGUCACAUCACCUUGGGUUACACUCAACAAGCAAUACUGCGUCGAGUACCUCAAGGUUUUCCUCGAACAUGUCAGAAUUCAUGAUGGAAUCACAAAACCUUGGGUGCGAGGGCCCCCAGAAUACGGAAGUAACGAGCGAAAGCCAGACAUACUUGAAGGUACCCUGCAACUCAUCAACCAUCGUUUCAGCGUUGCUGCUCCUCAUACUGGCAUCAAAGCAGCCAAAGAAGCGCUUUUCCCACAUAUCAAAGGCAUCUGUUUCAACUACUAUUAUCAGUGCUCGUGGUUCCGGCGCGGGUUUGGAAAGAGAGAAUACAAUGAUCAUCCUGAUAGAGACUAUUUUGUCAAGCCUGUGGAAGUGUUCAGACGAUCCCACGAAGAGUACAACAUUCCAUCUGACAGGAUAUCCAUCGAGCUCUGGUACGGAGAUCCAACCGGGUCGAUUGAGGCAUGUCUCCAAACACUGGACCGUCACAACAACUACUCUGUCGUCUCUCUGCGUCCACUGCACGCUAAAAUCUUCGUCGACGACUAUGAUGCUUCGGUUGCUGUUCUCGACAGCGAACUCGAAGUCUUGAGAAGAUCUUUUGGCAAGAUCAUUGAGAAGAUGUGCAUCAGAUUCCCAGAACCUCAUCAGUUGGGAGAUAUUCUGGACCUGGAGAUAAUGGUCGAGGAAGAUAUGGUAUGGCUUAGAAAAAGUCACCUGUACAUCAUUACUGAGACCACAAACUUCUGGAAGACACGGGAUGGUUGGUAUGAUCUAGGGGAUAUGUUCAAGAUUGCGGAAUCGUGGAGUUCAGAGAUUGAAGAGUGA